UCACUGAGUUCGCUCGAACUUAUUCCGAACGCUUCAGCACAACUAUCGUCCACGCGACUAAUUAAACAAAAGUAAAAAAGAAAUUAAGUUGCUAAAAAUCAUGAAAAUAAGUUUAUAAAAAACAUGACUAAGCACUAGCAGGCCAAAAAUUUCUCUACAAAACAAGGAGAAGGAGAAAGGAAGCAAUAAAACUCAACUGGAAGUCAAUUAAUUAACAAUCAUGGACGUGUCACAGCCACCGCCACAGCUGUUGACGGCGCCAUCGGCGCUGGCCACAAAUUUCACAUCAAUGCCGCCGCCAUCGAUGGGCCAACACUACAGACACUACCAUCCCCAUCAUGGAGCCGGCAAGCAGGGCUACAAUCACUUCAAGCCCUUCAUGCCCGGCGGCUUUCAGCGGCCGUUUGGCAUGUCGCAGGAUGACUUCGAUGGCAAGCGACUGCGCAAGAGUGUUAUGCGCAAAACAGUUGACUACAAUGCGUCCAUAAUCAAAGAGCUGGAGGCACGGCUCUGGCAACGCGACUAUCGGGAUCGACUGGCGCUGCAACCGGACAGCAUUUAUGUGCCGCAGAUGCUGCCGCCGUCCAGCUAUCUGGACAAUCCGGCCAAUGCAAUAACAACACGCUUCGUGAAGACAGCCACAAACAAGAUGCGCUGUCCGAUCUUUACGCUCGCGUGGACGCCGGAGGGUAGAAGACUGGUAACUGGCGCCAGUUCAGGCGAGUUUACGCUCUGGAAUGGCCUCACCUUCAACUUUGAAACCAUUCUCCAAGCUCACGAUAUUUCGGUGCGGACGAUGGUGUGGUCGCAUAAUGACAGCUGGAUGGUGACUGGUGAUCAUGGUGGCUAUGUGAAAUACUGGCAGUCGAACAUGAACAACGUGAAGAUGUAUCAGGCGCACAAGGAGGCGAUUAGGGGAAUAAGUUUCAGUCCCACGGACAGCAAAUUUGUCAGCGGCAGUGAUGAUGGAACUUUGCGCAUCUGGGAUUUCAUGCGCUGUCAGGAGGAGCGUGUGCUGCGCGGCCAUGGCGCGGAUGUGAAGUGCGUGCAUUGGCAUCCACAGAAGGCAAUGAUUGUCAGCGGCAGCAAGGAUAACCAGCAGCCCAUCAAGAUCUGGGAUCCCAAGAGCGGCAUAGCACUGGCCACACUUCAUGCGCACAAAUCGACCGUCAUGGAUCUCAAGUGGAACGACAAUGGCAACUGGCUGGUCACUGCGUCACGGGAUCAUCUGCUCAAACUGUUCGACAUUCGCAAUCUGCGCGAGGAGGUUCAAGUGUUUCGCGGCCAUAAGAAGGAGGCCAGCUCAGUGUCCUGGCAUCCCAUACACGAGGGUCUCUUCUGCUCCGGUGGCUCCGAUGGUUCCAUUCUCUUCUGGAAUGUGGGCACGGAUAAGGAAAUUGGAUGCGUGGAGACGGCACAUGACAGCAUUGUGUGGACACUCGCCUGGCAUCCACUCGGGCACAUUCUGUGCUCUGGCUCCAACGAUCACACCAUCAAAUUCUGGACACGUAACAGACCCGGAGAUCUAAUGCGGGACAAGUACAAUCUGAAUACGCUCCCCGCCAGCUUGGCGGCACUCGACGAAUGCGAAUACGACGAUGCCGUCAUACCGGGCAUGGGACCCGAGGAUAAGGUGGAGUUCACCGAGAGCCUUACGGCCGACAAGGGCUUUAUACCGGGACUGGAUUUGGAUGCCGGCAGUAGGACAGGCGGCGAUAAGAAGGUGCCUUACACCAAGCCCAUCCCACGCAAUUUCCAGGUGCAAUGGGCCGGACCACGACGAGCCGAUGAUCCGAGUGUGCUCAGCAUACACGAUGAGCUGGCGGCGCGCGAAUCCAAGGACUCGAGCAAUGGUCUGACCCACCAGCAGAUCAGCGAGAAUACGCUCGAAGGCAUCCUGGCCAGCGGCAUGCUCAACGGCCUCGAUCCCCAAACGAUUGUUGGCGUCUUUGUGUAUGGGCGCUUCAUACGAGUGCAUCCCGACUCGAGACUGAUGGGCGCCAUUCGCCAGGGCGCCGAAUACCUGAACAAGUACAUUGAUGCCGGUAAGCUGGAGGAGCUGUGCGAUGUUGUGCCCAUGAAGGAGCGGGAACGAGAACGUUCUCGAUCGCUCUCGCCCACGGUGGAGACGGCACAGGGACGUGGCGAGGUUUCACCGCCACUGAAGAAAUCACGCUUUGAGCCACGCCAGCACAAUGCACAGCUGGUGUGCGUGCGCGAGCUGCUGUUGCUCAAGAAACCCUUCCUGCCGUCCCUGCUGACCGUUAAGGCGCAACAGCCGAAAACCGAGUUCAUCGAUGAGCCCUCGAGCUACGGCAACGGAUCACCCAUGGAUUCGGCCUCGCGCGACGAUUCAAAUGGCCGACCCAAUCCGUGGGCUUCGAAUGCACCCUGGUCUAACUAUGGCAAUGGCAAUGGCAACGGCUCCUCCUCCAAUCAGAAUGGAUAUGGCAACAAUGGAGGCGGCGGCGGCGACAACUUCAAUGAUCGGGAACGUGAUCAGUUCCAAAAGAGUGGGAACAACAACAACAGCAAUAGUGGACAGCAGCGACGUAGGCGUGGCAACAAUGCCGGCUCGGGUGGAGGAGGCGGCGGCGGUGGCCGGAAUCGGGGUCGCAACAACAGGCGCUUCUAGUCCAACCAAUUGCUGCACGGACCAAAACAAAAACUCAACACAAACACAACCCACAUUCUGAACAUACGUUUUGUAAUCAUACAAAAAAAAAGAAAGAAAAUCAAAUAUUUACUUGGCUUGUCAAGUUCAACUCCA